UAUAAAUUGUGUUUACAUUUAGUAAAAUAUUUUUAAAAUAUUAAACAAUGUUUUGUUUAAAAUCAAAUACUUUUUCAUUAAUUAAUAGACAAUUAUAUCGAUAUAUGAGUUCAUUUGAUAAUUUGCCGGUCUUUAAGAGUCAGCAAAGUUUGGAUAACUUGUAUCCCAAAUCACAGAUCUCUUCGGACAUCAAAACCAAUGCAAAGUCAGAAACAGACAAUGUCUUCAGUGGACACAUACCUAUAAAGGAGUUACAGAUUUCUUACUGUCGAAGCAGUGGACCGGGCGGUCAACACGUGAAUAAAACCAACACUAAAGUGACGGUUCAGUUUCAAUUGUCUUCAGCCAAUUGGAUACCAAAUGAGACCAAAGAGAAACUCAAACAAUUGCAUAAAAACAAUAUAAACAAAGACGGCUUUUGGAUCAUUAGAUCAGAUAAGACAAGAGCACAGCUCAUGAAUUUAGCCGAUUGUUUAGACAAAAUCCGCUGUUAUAUUACCGAAGCGUCCAAACCUAUCAAACAGCCGUCGAUCGAGACGUUAGAGAAAAUCCGAGAAAACAGAGAGAAGGCUGCCAUCAGAAGAUUGGAGGACAAAAAGAAACGAUCGUUAAUGAAAUCAGAUCGACAAUCAUUAUAUUAAAUCAUAUCAUUAAUUAAUAGGUUUUUAUUAAAAUUGUAAAAUAGAAAAAUAUGGCAA